AUGACUGAUGUCAUUUAAUAGUAAGAUAGCAGUUAUGAAAAAAAUAUUUUAAUGCAAUUCUAUGGAUGUAACAAUUUAUUACUAAAAAACAGUUCUUUUAAGAAAAAUAUAGGAGGAGUAAUACUUAAAGUUUCAAAUCAAAUAUAAUAAGAUAAUAAUAUAAUUAAGUUACUUAAUGACGUUUUUAAUAUUGAUAAUUUAUAAGUCUAAAAGAAUAGUUAACCUUAAAUGGCUUCUAUAAUUUAAAUAUAAUCGUCGAACGUAUACAUUAAAGACAUGGAUUUUUCUUAAAAUAAAGGAAAUUGUUUAGCUUACGGUUCUUAAAAGUGUGAGAUUAACAACAGUACCUUUUAUGAUAAUAGAGCGUUAGAUGGUGGAGCUAUUUACUUUUAUGGCAUAACAAAUUAUAUUAAAAUUCAAAAUUCUACAUUUAGAUAAAAUAUAGCUCAAGGAAGCGGAGGAUCAUUGCUCUUUGAAGAAUUAAAUUAAAAUUGUUUGAUAAUUUUUGAUAAUAAAACGAAGAUAAUUUCAAAUGCUGCAAAAAUUGGUGGAGGUUUGAGGAUCUUAAGUAGCUAAUUAGAUUAUUAAUUACCAACAGGAUUUCCUUUCAAAUAAAAUGUUUGUAGUAAUAAAGCAGAAAUAUAUGGUGACGAUUCUACUUAUAAUAUUUAAUCAAUACUUAUAAAUAAAUAUAAAAGUUUAUCUAAUUCAGAUUAAAAUAAGAACUAUACUUUCUAAUUUGAAAACAUAUAGUAAACAUAAUUAAAUUCUAAUUACUCCGGAGUAAUUUAAAUUGAAAAUUUUAUGAGUGGAGGUAAAAUUUAACUUUAAAUUUAUUUCUUAGAUAAUUAUAAAAGAAAAAUAAACUUUUCAAAAGAUCUCCUAAGAUAAAAUAAGUAUCCCACUAGAAUUUAAAAAGAAUUGAUGGAAUUAUAGAUUAAUAUAGAAAGCAUUUCAAGUACAAAUACAUAGUUGAUAGGUGAUAAAUAAGUAAAUUACCUUCUAUAUGACGAAGAGACUUCCAGCUUUAUUCUAACUGAUUUAACUAUAUCUGCCUCAAUUGAAUCUUAAUUUAAUUUCAAAAUAUCUACAUCAAUGGAGAAUAUCUAUAGCAACUUUUAUCCUUACCUUAUGGUAAUUAAUUUCAGACCAUGUAUUUUAGGUGAGAUUGUUUAAUCUAUUACAAGCAGUAUUAAAGUAUGUUAAUAUUGUACUUUAGGGACAUAUUCUUUUGAAAAGCCUCAAUCAAUUCCUUCUUCAAAUUUAAAUUAAACAUAAAACAAUAAUACUUAGUAGUAUUUGAGUAAUCAGUGUAAAUUAUGUCCCUCAUCAGCUUUGUUUUGUGAGGGAAAUUAAAUUAAACUAAAAAAUGGAUAUUGGAGACCAAAUUAAACAACUGAUGAAAUAAUUUAAUGUAACUAAGUUAUGAAUUUUUGUUUACCUGAAGAAAGCAGCAGUAGUAUUGAAGGAUGUGCAGAAGGUUAUGUUGGUGCAUUAUGUAGCGAAUGCGAUUUAUAAUCAAAGAUAUGGAAUAAAAAAGGCCAUAUGUAUGCUCCCUCAAUUUUAAAAGGUGUUUGUUCUGAAUGUUCUAAUAUGCCUCUGGAUUUUAUAUAAAGAUAAUAGUGA